CCAACAUGGCGGCCCCCGGUAGGCACGUAGGGCAUUACAUCCAGAGAAACGGACGAUUUCUGCUUUGUAACAUUGACCAGGUGCUGGGUCAUAGGAGUUUUGGUUGCACUACAGCUGUGCGACAACAAGCUGCAGAAGCUAAUAAAGAAUCAGCAGAGUCUAUUGUCAUCCCCAGGAAGAAAACAUGGAGCAAAGAAGCAGUGCUGGAGGCGCUGGCUUCAACUGUUGGCAGGGAUUCUACAGCAUAUUCCUACCAGUUCCAGGAUGAUCCGUACCUCUCUCCCAGGACUGCUGUUGAAUUUAAGUUGUACUCUCUCUCUCAGGAGUCUGGCAGAUCUGCAGCCAAAUACUUUGUCAACAGCAACCCCAAGUUCUUCACCAAAGACUUUGCAGAACCACAUAUACCAUGUCUGAUGCCAGAGACGGUGUCACUGUGUCUGGAGGAGGUGAGUGAGGAGGCGCUGAAGGAACGAAUCAACCUGAGGAAAGUCACAGCCGCUGUUGACAUGUACGACCAACUAGUGCAAGCUGGCACAGCGGUUUCUUUGGAAACAACCCACGGCCUCCUGGACCUGAUCUCUCUCUACUGUGACAGAGACCCUGUUGAGGAUGAGGGACCACAGACGGAGGACACAGAGUCGAAAGAUCCAAAGAAAAAGAAAGGGAAUUACCGCCGAGCAUCAGACUUCCUGAAGUUUUCCUGGAAAGAAAAUAACAACGCAGAGAGAAUCUUCAACCUUCUGCCAGAGAGAGACACGAGGUGUUACUCUGCUCUGAUCAGAGGGAUGGUGAAGCAUGGAGCGUAUGCAAAGGCGUUCAGCAUGUACACGGAUAUGCUCAACAACAGACUGACAGCUGACGUCCACAUCUUCAACGCUCUGAUCUCAGCAGCUCCAGAAGUCAGAGAAAAAUAUAACGAGAAGUGGGAGCUGAUCACUGAGCUCUUGAAACAGAUGAACGAACAGAAAAUCCGCCCCAAUCUUCUGACCUUCAACUAUGUGCUCAAAGCUUUGAGACGCUGCGGCUUUUUGGCCAAAACACAAUCUCUGCACACUCUGAGUGAGAUGAAGGCGCUGGGGAUAGCUCCCACCUUGGCCUCUUACGACCACGUCUUGGCAGUCUUUCACCGAUCGGGCUCCUCUGGUCCCAACGGCGUCGACAUUUUGCAAGAAGUGGUGGCUGAGCUGGCAGAAACCAAUUUCACCUGCCAGGACCCUCAUGAUGUCAUGUUCUUCGCCAAUGCAAUAAGAGUAUGUUUGGAUAAUAAAGAUCUAGAGCUCGCCUAUAAAGUCCACAGUCUGAUAGAAUUUGGGGAGAACUACAGGCUGCUGGGAGACCCCUUCCAUCAGAGUGUCUACUAUGGUCGCUUCUUCAACCUGUUGUGCAUGAUGGAGCACGUGGAUGUGGUGCUGAAGUGGUACAAACGCAUCAUUCCCUCGCUGUACUACCCGAACCCUCAGGGCAUGAAGGACCUGCUGCAGGCUCUGGACACCGACAGCCGCCUUGACCUGCUGCCUUCUAUAUGGAAAGAUAUCAAGUCUUUUGGUCACGAUAACAAGCCUGAUGUGGUGGAGGAUCUGCUCAGUCUGAUGACCAGAGACAACCACAGUCCUGAGGUUCAGGAGUCUUUUGCAGCAUGUGCUCUGGAUAUAAAAAGUGCGUUUGAUUUGAAUUUGACGUCCAGACUGGAGUGGACCAACUCGUCCCUCUCACACGUCACCAUGCUGCUGCUGCGAGCCAACCAAACCAAAAGCGCUUGGGAGAUGCUGCCGCUCUUUAAAUCCAACAACAGAGUUCCUUCUGAUGACCUGAUGAACUCCUUCCUGUCGCUGUGUCACACCGACGGCACGUCACAGAAAGCAGUGGAGCUGGUCCAGAUGUCUGCAGCUUUCUGUCUCCCAACAACACCACAGCUGGCAAAGAGAGCGCUGGCCGAGUUUGAUCUCACCGAGGAGCAACGAGCCAUUUUAUCUGAACUGGAGGCUGCAGGAGGAGAACCGUCUGACUGAGGGAGAAAAUGCUCUUAAAAUAAAUAGAAUACCAUCGAUAUGUAAAUCAUAUCACUUCAUACGGAGAGUAUUUAUCUGUACUUUACUUCUAUGUGGAAUAAAAUAUAUGUGGUAUAAACACAA